AUGGAUACAAAAGCGAGACAUGCGGCUGAGAUGGCUAUGAGUAGCCUGAAUUCCUUUUUGCGCUUAAUUUUUGUCAACACUUUAGCCAACCUGGAUGGUGACUACAACAAAUCGGAUGAAGCAGGAAGAGAGUCACUGUUUGACAAUGCAGUUAUGCUCUUCAAGCUCGAUAUGGGUAUGCAGGAACCAAUAAUCAAGACUCCUGAUUGUCAAAAGCUCAAAAUAAAACGCUCAGAUGGCAGACAGCGGAGGCCGAUAAAUUCUGGCGUUGUUCGCUCAAAACAAAAAGAGAAAGAAUUGUCCAAUGAUCACAAAGUUAUGCUGAAGAAGUCAGUCUAUAUUCCGUCUCAUUUGCCCAAUGUUGGAACCAGGAAGUACAACACGACUAUGGAAGUUGCCGAGUGGAAUAAAUCAGGAGUCAACAGAAGGUAUUCUAUCCUUUUUGAGUUAAACCUAUAUUUUCGAGAAUCUCACCUUUCGCAAAGCAUUUCCAAGACCUGUUUGCCCAUUAUAAGUUAA